AUGGUUCGAACAGCCCGGCUCGCACGAUCUGGCAGAAUUGCAAUUGCUCAAGCUCGACCACGGUUACCUCGGACUUUGACGUCCACCGCCCGCACUCUCGACCCGUCGCAAGCCAGCACAUCCAACACCCCUCACGCCUCUGAUCAGAGCACAUCGCAGCACACAUCCAAGACCCUUCCAAGUGCAAGCAUGCUGCUGCUUCUGGAUUCGAUCCCACACAUCCCACAAUACGGCUUCACCAAGCAAGCCUAUUUCGCAUCCUCCUCCUCCUCAGACCCGGCUCGCAGCAUUCGGACCAUCGAAACGCUCUUUCCCGGUCCGGAUUCACACUUCGAAACCCAGCUCUUCACCGCAUGGAGCAACCUCUGCGACAUCUCCGUCGUUCAUUCCAUGCCCAUCGCUACGCUUCUUCAGCUCGUACGCGAUGGCCAAGAUCCCGACACUCCCGCCGCUCGACCGGUUCGUAUGACCCCCUUGUCACCCAGCGAAUCCAAGACCGCGCUUCACAACGUCACCACACUCCUCGAAUCCCGUCUGCAGCACUUUCACUCUAUCCGCACGCACCUCCUCCCCGCGCUCACCUCCCUCUCCACGCUCUCUCCUACAACAUCCUCUCUGCACUCGGCAUUUCCGCACCAAACGCUCCUCCCGAACCUCCCCACCCCGCUGCCCCUGCUCACCCUCACCUCGGCGUUCGUCGAUCAGGCGCUCACACACCCCGCAGCACAAGCGAUGACAGGGUGGAGCGAUCCAGACGGUCCGGACUGGUACGCUGUGCGUGUCAGGCUGGGUGCGGCGUACACUGUGGCGAUCCUGCAUGCUGCCAGUGGGAGCGGUGGGUGGGACGAAACGAGGGGUGUGCUGUGGAGGGUCGUGCGGGCAAGGGAGGAUGGACUGGUGAAUGCGGUGGAGGGGGUCGUGAGGGGUGGAGGCGAGUGGGUCAAGUGGGGUGGGAGGGGUUGGUUGGGGGUUCUGAGGAGUUUGGGGUUGUGA